AUUCUCUUCGCAGGAUUCGUGCCACACCAGAUCAGAAGGUUCCUUUAUCCCUCUUUCAUCAUGAUCUUCAUUGGCAUUCUUGCGUACGCUUUUCACCCCAACGGCGGAACAGGAAGUUUGAUCAGCUCUCCCAUUGUGCUUACAAAGUCUCAAAGAGCAUUCCGAAUCGUCCAGUGCAUCAGCAGUCUAGGUGGAACAUGGGGAGGAAUCGGCGAGCGUUUCGAGAAGAAGAAGAACACAGUAAUGCCUGCCAUGGCAAUCACACUUCCAGGACUGUUACAAUUACCGCCAUGUUCCUAGUCUUCAUCACCGUAGCGACUGAGCAUGUGAAUGGAGGGACCAUCCAGUGGAAUUUGCUUAUCCUCAUGAUUACCGUUCAGCAACAAUUACACCCCACCAGUCGAUGCGCCACUUUCUUCGCUGGUGUUUCUAUUCCUUCGUUUCAGAUCUCUGUCGCCAUUACCCGAAAUACCGUUCCUUAUGGCAUGGAUCUUGCAGGCAUGUUUCCAAGAUAUCUGCCCAGAAUGCGUGCCUACUUGAUCUUGGUUAUCCUUACCUGCAUUGCGCAACCAUGGAGUUCUUGAGCCAGAAACUGAUUUUCGUCAACAUUCCAUCCGUCUUUGUCCUCUACAUCGCCAACUCGACCUCAAUUCUGAUUGCCGAGUACUGGUGGGUUCGAAGCGGACGUGGAAGGUUCC